AUGGGUGAAAAUGAGAGCAACUCGUCGAAGAUGCGAGUCGUCGUCAGAAUUAGACCCAUGAACACGAGAGAAAUAAACAAUGACGAAGAGAGUAUAAUCGAGCAAAUUGACGACAAGGCGCUAGUAUUCGACCCAGAAGUCGAAGAAGACGCCUACCUGCAAGGCUUCAAAAAAGUGGCUCGUCUGGGACAGAAGAAAAAUCGAAAACACCGUCCCCGACGAAACAAUACUUUCUGCUUUGAUGCAGUUUUCGGCGACACCUCCACACAGCAAGAGGUGUACGAGCAGACGACGGCAGAUACGAUCGAAACGAUCGUUGAGGGCUACAACGCCACCGUCUUCGCGUAUGGAGCCACUGGCGCUGGAAAAACGCACACGAUGCUCGGUACGCCGGAGGAUCCAGGAGUCAUCUGCAGAACAGUCCAAGCGCUCUUUACAAAAAUGGCAGAGUUGAGAGAAUCUUCGACGGAUACGAAGUACAAAAUCACUGUCAACUACCUGGAAGUCUACAACGAGCGAAUCAACGAUUUGCUGAACGACAGUAAGAAAUCAAAAGACCUGCCGAUGCGCGAUAUUGCCGGAGCUAUAAACAUCCGAGGACUGUCAGAAAAAGAGCCGAAAACGGCGGAAGAACUCAUGGCCUGGCUCAAGGAGGGCAACAAUCUGAGAACACAGCAUCCAACCGAUGCGAAUGCGCAGAGUAGUCGAUCUCAUGCCGUUUUCGUUGUGCAUUUCACGCAAAUGGCAGGAACAACGAGGACGAUUUCAAAGUUGACUUUGGUCGAUCUUGCGGGUUCCGAAAGAGCGCAGGCUACUCCGAAUAUGGGCCUGAGACUCCGCGAAGGUGGUAACAUUAACAAGUCAUUGCUGGCACUUGGCAAUGUUAUCAACGCGCUUGCUGAUCCGAAACACAAGGGGCACAUCAAUUAUCGAGAUUCGAAGCUGACGCGAAUCCUUAAAGACGGUCUCGGCGGAACUUGCCGUACGAUUAUGAUUGCCAAUGUGUCCCCUGCCGACAAAGUCUAUGAAGAUACACUCAAUACGAUUAAGUACGCUGACAGAGCGAAAUCGAUCAGAUCUAGUCUGACCAAGAGAGUGAUGGAGACGCAAAUGCAUGUCGGAAACUACAAAAAGAUUAUCGAGGAUCAGAAACUUCGAAUCAAGCGACUUGAGGCGGAGAACGCAGAGCUUAAAAAGAACGGCCCAGCGAAGACAGGUCGAUUGUCGAAGGCGGCUGAUCCCAUCUGGGGCACGCUGACAAAGCUCCAGUCGGAAGUUAUCAGGCUCACCGGCGAGCAGCGAAUCGCCAUGUGCGAGAAGCAGCUCAAAGAAUUCGACUUUGAGGUCAAAAAACUCGCCACUGAGAAUACUGAACGCACGCCAGGCUCGAACAGAUACGAGCGAACGCUGGCAAGCUUCGACCUGCGCGUGUCUCGCAUUGAGGAGAAAAUCGAAGAGCAUAUCAAACAGUUCAAGAACUCAAUUCCUCAAGAAAAGCCGACAGAUGAGGUCAAAUCGCAGCAGGCGGCGGAGGUGAACUAUCAAAAGUCCAUCAUGUACCAAAGUCUCUGCGGAAAGCUCUUCGAGAAGAUCAAGCAGCAGCACGAACUGAUCGUAAAAGUAGCCGCCCUCAGCGACGACAACGACAAGCUGCCAGAAGUUCUCUGCCCAGCGCAGCCGCCAGUGUCCUUCUCUGACGAGAGUUUGCCGGAAUUCCUCAAGAUUGAGACGCGCUUCUCAUUCGAUGACUUCGUUCCUGCGAAAUCAAUCUCGCGCACUCGCAGAGGCAUCGUUUUCAAUCGCUCUGAACCGACGAAGAAAAGGCCCGUCAGUGCUGCGCGAAAGCCAAUGCCUACUUCGUCGCUCAAAAAAACAAAAUCGGACCCUGCUCUUCGUCCGAGCCGAGUGCGAACUCCUGUCGAUCGUCAGAAAGCCCCUUCUUCUGCUGAAACGAAGAAGCGACCCAUUUCGAGGGUCGACGCUGCGAGUGAGCCAAAGAAAAGAAAGACAGAGAGUCCAAAAAGUUCUGCCAAUAAGAGCGCUCUUGAUUCCUCGAUUGAGAACGAAGUCCGUCAAGAAAAGCCUCUUCCUCGAUACAUGCAGGCAACGGCAACGUCGGCCAAGCAGUCUCGCAUUCGGCAGAAAAAAGCCGAAGACAGGCGCAAGGAGAACAGCCAAAGAUUGAAGGAGUUGAAGGAACGCCAGCAAAACAUACAUAAAAAACCCUUCCCCUUCAAAAGUUCUCCAUAA